AAGGUGGAAAGCCAUGAUCGAUGAAGUUAAUGAGAAACCCCGGCCUGGGGAGAGGAAACGGGCCGGGUGUAGGGAGGCUUCUAUUCUGGAGCAGGACAGGAAAGGGCAGGCUGAACCCACAGGACACAAGGAGCCGAGGUGCUUGCAGACCCUGGAACCAUGGCCAAGCUGGUGGAGUGUGUCCCCAACUUCUCAGAGGGCAAUAACAAGGAGGUGAUUGAUGCACUGAGCCAGGCCAUCUCCCAGACACCAGGCUGUGUGCUGCUGGACGUGGAUGCCGGCGCCUCCACCAACCGCACUGUCUACACCUUUGUGGGGUCUCCUGAGGCUGUGGUGGAAGGGGCCCUGAGCGCAGCUCGUGUGGCUUGGCAGCUCAUUGACAUGAGCCAGCACAUGGGUGAACACCCUCGCAUGGGGGCCCUGGAUGUCUGCCCCUUUGUGCCAGUGAUGAAUGUCAGCAUGGAGGAAUGUGUCACCUGUGCCCACAUCUUUGGGCAGCGCUUGGCAGCGGAGCUGGGAGUGCCUGUUUACCUGUAUGGAGCGGCAGCACAGGACGAGAGCAGGAAAGCUCUGCCCAGCAUCCGUGCUGGGGAGUAUGAGGCACUCCCCAAAAAGCUUGCAAAACCAGAGUGGGCUCCUGAUUACGGGCCCCCAACCUUUGUUCCCCAGUGGGGGGCCACGGUGACGGGCGCCCGGACCUUCCUCAUUGCCUACAAUGUUAACCUGCUGUGCACCAAGGAGCUGGCCCACCGCAUCGCCCUCAACAUCCGUGAGCAGGGGCGUGGUGCUGAGCAGCCUGGGCGCUUGAAGAGAGUGCAGGGCAUUGGCUGGUAUUUGGAGGAAGAGAAGAUGGCCCAGGUUUCCACGAACCUGCUGGACUUUGAGACCACACCACUCCAUGUUGUCUACGAGGAGAUCUGCAGAGAUGCAGAGGCACUGAACCUCCCUGUGGUGGGGUCCCAACUGGUGGGACUUGUCCCCAAGAAGGCCAUGCUGGAUGCAGCUGAGUUUUACAUCAAGAAGGAAAAACUCUUCAUCUUGGAAGAGGAACAGAAGAUCAGACUGGUGGUCAGCCGGCUGGGCCUGGACUCCCUGACUCCGUUUCACCCCCGGGAACGCAUCAUCGAGUACCUGGUGCAGGCAGGAGAGGUGGACCAAGGGCUGGUGGCCAAGCCAUUGGGUGCCUUCGUGCGAGCGGUCGGUGAGAGGUCAGCGGCUCCAGGAGGAGGCUCCGUGUCUGCAGCUGCUGCUGCCCUGGGAGCGGCGCUGGGCUGCAUGGUGGGACUGAUGAGCUAUGGGAAGAGGCAGUUUGAGGAGCUGGACCCCAUUAUGAGGAAGCUGAUCCCCCCCUUCCACCAGGCCAUGGAUGAGCUGGUGGCAAUGGUGGACACUGACUCUCGUGCCUUCAGCAGCUACAUGGAAGCUAUGAAGCUGCCAAAAAGCACCCCUGAGGAGCGGGAGAGACGCACAGCAGCCAUGCAGCAGGGGCUCAAGACAGCUGUGAGGGUGCCUUGUACCUUGGCAGAGAAAGUGAAUGGGCUCUGGCCUGCUCUGAAGGAACUGGCAUGUCACUGCAACCUGGCCUGCAAAUCUGACAUCCAGGUGGGAGCCAAAAUGUUGGAAGUGGCUGUGUUUGGAGCUUACUUCAACGUCAUGAUCAACCUCAAAGACAUAACGGAUGAGAAGUUCAAGCUUGCAAUGUCUCAGAAGGUCUCUGGGCUCCUGGAGGAGGCGAAGCAAGGUUCUGCUCUUGUACUGACACUGCUGGAGAAGAGGGUGUCCUGAAAGGGGUUUAGGAACAGCCAGAGGGCUCUGCAGAAGCAAAUUAAACUGUGAAAUACACUCAUCCCUGCCUGGGCUCCCUCAGUAUCUGCCUCAGCAGAGCUGCCCUGCUCAGACCGAUUCCAGAGCCAUGUUCCCUGCUGGCCUUUCCCUGGCCAAAGGUUAUUUUUGCUGUCUGGAGCUCAGACCCCAGUCUCCAUCCCCUCAUCCCUGGGGCAGAAGGAGACAGCCUGGCUGGCAGUGCCUGGGGCCACAGGGCUCCCAAUGGAGGGAAUAGCAGGGACCCCAUGGCACUGCCCAGGAGGAGAUCCCCGUCCUGACCUGCACACCUCUCUGUGUUUCUGUGCCCAGACCCCCCAGUCCCAGACACCUCCUGGCCAGCAGGGCUGGGGCAAGACCUACCUGGCACAGCCUGUUGCUGCCCCCCAGACAUGGGACAGGAUUGAGGAGGGGUGGUGGGAAGGGAUUUUUCAUGGACAUAGGCAUGGGACACAAGGAGCUCCACCACUUCCCCUAGAGCCCCCCAGGAGGAAGGCCUGAGCAUCAGGACCAUCCAGCUCUGCAUCCUGCUCUGAUUUCAGCUGUCACUUCUUCCACCUGCACACCAUGGCAGCACCCUGAGCAGUGUCACAGAGCAUCAUCCACUGGACCCUGAGCCCCACUGUGCCUGUGAGAGGGUGACCCACCCCCUAUCCCUCACACUGUGCCAGCUCCUUUCUUGGACACUGUGCCCUUGCUGGGAGCAAUGAGCCAGGGUUUGUGGUGGGGACACAAAUGACUCACCCCACCACGUGAAGUGGGGAGGUGGAACCACCACCCUCUGUCCCCUGUUUUUAUCAGCACCGUGGGACCUUUGUGCCAGCUGGGAGUGGUGUGCUGACGUUUCCCUUGUGCCCAUGGUAACAGCUGUGGCUCAGCAGUGUCACCCCCCCCCCACUUUCCACACCCUUCCUCGCCCAGACAUGGCCUCAGGUAUAUAAUGGUUGCCCUCCAUCCCAGGAAAGCAGUGCUGAGGAGGGUUCUGCUGGUGGUGACAGUGCUUUCAGAGAGUGCUUGGAGCUUUACUGCAGGUUGGCUGAAGGCCAUUGAGGAUGUGGGACCCCAACCAAGGUGUGCCCAGUGGGACGCCACCACCCCGACUGGCUGUGUGCCCACCAGCCCCACCGGGAUACUGUGGUCCCAACAUUUCAACAAGUCCCCAUCCCAACUGCCCUCCAGUGAUCUGUCCCCCAGGACCCCCUGUGGGUCAUCCCUGUGGCCCUUUUCCACCUGGCUCACACCCACAGGGGCAGCAUCACCAUGGGCACCCCCCAGGAGGGCAUCACCAUCACCCCCAUGGUCACCCCCCAGCAGGGCAUCAUCCCCAUGGGCACUGUCAUUCAGGAAACCCGGGGUGCCCCUCUGACUGCCAUCAGAAGCACCAUAAGAAGCACCAUAAGAAGCACUCCAAGCACCAUGGAGGCAAGCACUCCUGCAGCUCAGGCAGCAGUUCUGACUCUGACUGAAGAGCUCAUCUCCCACCACCAGGAUG